GUCAGCGCUGCAGUAAAUUGUGACUAUGUGACCUUGAUGGAUGGCCAGCAAUUGCCAUAUGUGCAGGCACCUGGAUUAGAAAUUACCAGCAUACUGAGGGACAGUCCUGAUGUUGUCAGUCUCAUAGCUUUUGUUCAACUGGAGCUCCUAAAAUGGGAUUUUUUGUUUAAAUUAAAUUUAAUAAAUGCUCACUAUGCAAACUCAGAAACAGUUAUUAAAUAAGCUUAGGAUUAUUCCUUUUUUGACACUUGCCGCUUUGGGUGAAAUUGUCUCUUCUAUUUAUUAGCCUUAACUAAGCAGACUGUUAAUUUUCCAUACCACCUAGGACUAGGCUUUGAAAUAAGGGGGCUGAUGAAAGCAUUGUUUUAUUGUUUGCAGAUAUUGGCAAUGGAGGAUGUUCACACCAGUCCAUGCCCUCAGUUCAUGAAUGAUGUCAGCACUCAAGAAAAUUGUGACUGUGACCUUGAUGGAUGGCCAGCAAUUGACAUAUGUGCAGGCAGAAUGACUUUGAAGAGGAAGGGCGAAGAAGAAGGCUAUUCUGCAGCCAAGAGAGCCAGACUGAUUGACUUGGAAGAUACAGAAGAAACUUUUGGAUCGCUUGGUAAUAGCACGAGUAGUGUACAUUCAAAUUUGCUUCUAAAUGAGAAAGGGGAUGAUAACGAUGAUGUUGUCCUGGUGUUAGAUACUGACACACACCUUCUGUGGGAGGUGGCUGAGUUAUUAAAUGAUCUCAAACUGUAAAUAUCUAGUUAUGUAAACAGAAACCAACAGUCUGCUAUUUUUCUAGAACACUCACGUAUGUCAGAACUAGUUGGAAGUUGCAUGAUUAAAAGAAAUGUUGUCCCUGUGCUUAAUUAGUUAAGCACUGCCAUAAAGACAUACGGGGGAGUGGAGGUAUAUUUCCACCAUUCUUGACCUCAGCACUAGAUGGAGGUGAGCGGUCAGCUUCACUUCCCUCCUGCUUUACCCACAGUAGAAAUUGCAGAAGUGGUAUAUUACAUAAACUUCCACUCUUCAGAGAGAUUAAAAAAUAGGAAUAUUCAGAGGACCCAGUAUGAGUGUUCUCACUGUGUGAAGGAAGAAAUAGCCAGCAGUACGUAUGUUUGGUGUUGAGCUACCAGACAUGCCAGAUACACAGGAGUAUAGCUUUGAUUGACAGUGUUACAUUCGUAUUAAAAGCAGAAUGUAUACUGUCUACAAAGGCAAACCUCUGAGGGGAUUUACCCAAAUUCUUUAAGAGCAAAUUAAAUGCCUCUAAUGUUACAAUAGCAUCAGGAAAUAUACAAAUGUGCCUGCUUUGAAUUUCCUCGUGCAAAGCACACCACUUGUGUUAUUUCCUUACCUUUCCAACACCUAAGUUCCAAACACGAUGCAUUAACAAAUGCAACAGUACACAAAAUUUGUUAUAAAUUAAGAUGAUAAAAAUCAGAUAAGGAAUUCUCAGAAAUAUUACUCACACACACUUUCCUUUCACUGCAAUUAAGUAGCUGAUGCAAAAGCUGGAAACCCCGUCAGUAUGUAUGCAUAAGGAAACCAAUAAAGUAAUAGUAGAAACUGGGCUUUCUGGACACUAUCCAUAGUAGUGUUUUUUAUUUAAAACAAUAUUUUUUGAUACUGGAAUCUGCCUCCAUCCUCAGAUAGGCCUAAUUGUAGCCCCUAUAUCCGGUUACUAGGGUGAACACAAGGCAAGAAUAUGAACGAAAUUGUACAUAAACUAUCUGCGGUAGAGAGGACUGAGGAAGAGUCUAGUCUCUGAAACUGUGUUUUAAAUAAAAUAAAUAUCUCAGCACGGAGGCAGCAUGCAGUCUCUGAUCCAUUGCUGUAAAAGAAAACCAGGGCAAAGAAUAAUGUCCAAAAUAUUAAUAACUGUGUUAAUACACCAUAGUCACGAACUACCUAAUUUUAUUUUUGCUCUCAGAAUCUUAAUGCAAAUCUGCCAUUUCUA